AUGUUAGACAAAAGUUUGCUACCGAACAACAUCACCCUCAAACUGUUUAAGCAAGCAUUGGGUCGUUAUGGCCCCCUCAUAGAAUCCAUCUCAUCGACCAAAGCGCCCAAGUUUGGACCAAAUACUCUGCUUGAGUUGGAUCAUUUUCGAUAUCAUGACGCCAUCAAUUUAUUUUUCUCGGAGAGGACAAGGCCGCCUAUGACACUCGAUCAUGUGAGAACCUUGGUCGAUUGGAAGCUGCAUCAUGGGCAAUUUCGGCCGAAUCUCAUGAAGCUCGUUUCAUCGAAUAGUGAAACAGUUGUCCAAAGUACUAUCCAAGAUGCGAUAGAGAAGUAUCGAGAAAAUUCGAGUGAGACCAAAGCGCUCAAAGCGCUCGCUAUACUUAAUAAACUGACGGGAAUUGGUCCGGCUACAGCAUCCCUUAUUCUCUCAGUAUAUGAUCCUGACGACGUCAUCUUCUUCUCCGAUGAAGCUUUCUAUUGGCUGUGCACGGAUGGGCAGACUUCUCCUAUCAAGUACACCUCCAAAGAGUAUAAGAAAUUGAGCGCUGCGGUGCAUUCUUUAAACGAGCGACUAGGGACCAGUGCCGUUGAUGUUGAGAGAGUGGCCUACGUCUUAAUGAAAGACAGCCUUCCAGAAACCAUAUCCACGGAUGGAGAGACAAACCCUACAUCUCCUAUAGCCCCUACGUCUGAUGCGCAACCUGCUCAAGCGGAUUCGUCAACCAAGAAGGCGAAGAGAAAGAAAAGUGACACCGGCAAUAUAAUGGCAGUUGACUUCCUAUCUUUACAAGAUCCGGAUCCUAUCCCACUCCCAGAGCGAUUCGCCAAAAUCAAGCGAAAACUCAUCGCCGGCAACGAGAAAGCUGUCGCUGAUUCAUUCUACCGCCUUCUUAGCCAGUUAAGAAAAGAAGCAGACCGCAUCGCUGCUGCUGGAUCUGAUAUCAUACCUACUAUCGAUUACAUCGAUAUCCACAGUCCAACUAAGGUAGCUGUCUUCCGAGAUGCCCUGAAGAAGAGAGGCGUCGCCGUUAUACGGCGAGUCGUCCCGCCAAAUGUUGCCAUGUUAUGGAAGGAAGAGACGCUAGAGUAUCUUCUGCAUAACCCCCCAGCAAAAGGCUUUCCAGCAAACGAUCCCCAACUCUACGAGUUAUUCUGGAGUCCAGGACAAGUGCGUGCCCGAGCCGAUUCGCGACUCCUCGAGGUCCAGAGAUUCAUCAUGAAUAUAUGGCACUCGAACAACGAAGACGCCCUCGUAAGCAGUAACCACCCGGUAGCCUACGCAGACCGGAUCCGCAUCCGGAAACCAGGCGACACAUCCCUCGCCUCCGGCCCACACAUCGACAACGGCAGCGUCGAGCGCUGGGAAACAGACGGAUACGGCCGCGCAGGCACAUACGCCAAGAUCUUCCAAGGCCGCUGGGAAGACUACGACCCGUGGGACAGCAGCACGCGUCUCGCCGUGACAUCCGACCUCUACAACGGCGUCAGCUCCUGCAGCAUGUUCCGGAUGUUCCAAGGCUGGCUCUCCCUCUCCCCCAUCGCCCCGGGCAGCGGGUCCCUACAAGCCUGUCCAAUGCUGCACCUCACAACAGCCUACCUCCUCCUCCGCCCCUUCUUCUCCCCGCGCUUCCCCUCCGGCCCCAAUUUCCUCCACGACAACAACUGGAACCUCAACGUCGCCCAGACUAGCAUCAUCCAAGGCGCUGUCCCCGGCUGCGGUAUCCAGGAACUGAGUCGCGCUCUCCAUCCGCACUUGAGACUGCACAAGACUAUGGUCCCGAUCCCGCGCGUCGAGCCCGGCGAUUACGUCCUCUGGCACCCUGACGCCGUACACGCCGUCGACGCGGUGCACACCGGGCUCCGCGACGCGGGGGUCCUCUACGUCCCCGCGUGUCCGCUCACCCAGACGAACGCGCUGUACCUCGCGCGCCAGCGCAAGGCGUUUCUCCUUGGUCUGCCGGCUCCGGAUUUCGCUGCCAGCGGCGGCUUUCUGCGCGGUGGGCUAGGUGGGGAAAGGGAGUUUAUGGGACGCCCUGGGGUGCAGGAUGUUAAUGAUGCGGGGGGCGAGGAGGGGCUUAGGAGUAUGGGGUUGUUGCCGUGGGAUGAGAGGAGGGGGAUCGCGGGGAGGGUGGAGAGGGAGCUUUUGAGGCUUGCGAAUGGGAUUUUGUUUCCGGAUCGGUUUGAUCUUGGGGUUGGGAGGAAGGGGAGGAGGGGGUGA